AUGAAUAUAGUAUCAGUCAAACAAAGCCAAUCAAAUAUUUUACCUGGAGAAUUUAACAUCACCCACCAUUCAAAUCUUUCUGAAAUUCAUGUUACUUUUCACCUCUGUGUGGAUGAUAAUGUGAGGUCAGGUAAUAUUUCUGCCCGGGAUGCUGCAAUAAUGGGCCUCCGAAAUAUCCUCAAAUUGUGUUGUACACAUGACAUUACUACAAUUGGGAUUCCUCUUCUGCUAAUACAUGAUAUGUCUGAGGAAAUGACAAUAUCUUGGUGUCUGAAAAGGGCAGAGCUUGUAUUUAAGUGUGUUAAAGGAUUCAUGAUGGAAAUGUCUUUAUGGGAUGGAGGGAUUUCUCAGACUGUGCAAUUCCUAGUACCACAGAGUAUUUCUGAAGAAAUGUUUUAUCAGCUGAGUAAUAUGCUGCCACAGAUUUUCCGUGUCUCAUCUACACUCACUCUGACAUCCAAACACUGAGUACUCUCAAAAAGGAACUAUAGGAAGG